AUGUGUGAGUCCAAAGAAGUGGCAAUGUUCUUGAAAUCGAACAUAUUUACCCGAUACGGGGUGCCACGAGCUAUUAUCUCUGAUCAAGGAACUCAUUUCGUCAACAGAACUAUCGAAGCCUUGAUGCGAAAGUAUGGAGUCCACCACCGCCUAUCCACACCUUACCACCCGCAGUCCAAUGGACAGGCUGAAGUUUCUAAUAGAGAAAUCAAGGCAAUUCUAGAAAAGACAGUCAAUCCCACCAGGAAAGACUGGAGCCGCCGACUGGAGGACGCACUCUGGGCGUACAGGACCGCAUUCAAAACCCCUAUCGGAAUGUCCCCAUACCGAUUAGUCAAAGAAAUGAAUAUGAAUACAGAGGCUGGAGCUGCAGAGAGGAGAAUGCAGCUACAUGAGAUGAAGAGCUCCGUCUGGAUGCCUAUGACUCUGCCAUGUGAGGAUGAAUCGGUCCCGGAGGGGGAGGAGGAGCUGUUGCAACGUCGGGCGCGCAGGGUGGAAGUCAACAGGCUGGUGGAGGAGGUAGGGGCCAGAAUGACCAGCAUGCAGAGGGCAGAGGAAUGGCAGGAGGAAAGACUCUGUGUAGUGCGGCAGCUAUUGAAUGAGCCGGAGAACUUAGGAGCCGUUGGGGCGAUAAACCAGGAGGCCGGAGAGGCCGAGAAAGACAGGAGGACUGUUGAGGACAUCCGCCACAAAGCUGAGAAGAAAAGGAAAGGGAAGGAGACUGUCCCUCCUCCCCCGAAGAGGAUACGCCCCGCAACUCGAGGCAUUGUUAUUGCUGACCAGCCUGCCCCUCCAAGAGAAGGAGAUGGGGGCAGUGAAGCUGAGGAGAGGGAAGGCCUGCAUCACCCCCCGCUGCCGAAUAUGCCAAACAAACUGUGGUGUUGA